UAGGUGGAGUGAGGCUGGGCAGGCCCCUGGCAGGGAGCCCUGGUGCAGGAGUCAGCCCCCCAGUAGGGGUGAGGAGAUGCAGCCCUGGUGGACCCACCGACAGCUCCGUCACGACAAGGGGACGGAAGGGCCCAAACUGAGUGAGUGGCAUUACAAUCUGGUGCAUGGAGAGCUCAGCACUGCUCGGGUUUGGGCCAUGGCCCCGUCCUGGAGGGGCUGCAGGGCCAAAUGGAGUGGGCAGUGGGGCAGCAAAGGCUGCUUCUCCUCACUGCUGCUAUGGGGCCAGCUCCUGUACCAGGCUUCCCCCACCAGGGGUCUGCCCAGCCACCCCCGUAACAUGCACGUGGACAUCACUGGUUUGUACAGCACCUGGCACAAGGGGGUCCUGGUCCAGGCCUGGGCUCCUAGGCGCUAUGGUAAUACAGAUAAUAAUACAUUCUAACAGGUAGGGGCAGAGUAUCCCCCAUCCGCCACCUUCCUCUGCAGCGUCAGGUGCUGCCCCGUUAGAGUCACUGCGGUAGAUGGACCUAGGGGUGAUCCAGCCUGGCCAUUCCCAGGGAUUGUGUCAUGGGAUUGUUCGCUCCUGGAGUGUGAGCCCUCAUCCUGGUCACAUGAUGUCAGCUCUGCCGCCUGCCUGAGAGACUGGUUGUUUUUAGGCAGGAGAGUGAUUAAUAACUAGCAAACAGUGAGCAAUGAACCCCCAACACCUGCAUGACUCCUCGCCCAGCCUGUGUGGAGUCUGUGUUCUUGCAAAGAGCAGCUGCUUCCCCAGCAGCUUGUGUGAGAAAAAAAACCUUUGCAAACAGGGGCGCGGAUGGAAAUAAGCAAAUCAAUCAGCCGGGCCUUUCUCUUGGUUUCCCCUUUGAGUCACCGUGUGGGGAAAGGACGGGGUUUCGAUGGCAGGCCACAGGAACAGCGUCUUAGCGUCACGGGCAGUGCAAAAACCGGCUCUGUUGCAAGUAUCAGUAACAGUGGGAAGCACAAAAGACAAAGUUUUCCUGCCGAGUCAUCAGAGGGGCAAGCCCAGCUGGCCCCGUUACAUCACAGCAUGUCCUCUCCAGCCAGCGACCAUAUAAAAUGCGGGGUCAUGCCUUGGGUUUAUCCCCAGGUGCGCACUUGGAGUGACGGGUCUCAUCAGGAGCUGAGGUGGUGAAGAGGAUCCCAGCUCCGGGCCUAGAGGAUGGUUUGGGCAUUUGUCUUUGUUCUGCUGGGCGCUUGCACUCGGGCGGAGGGAACCAAUGCCGGCCUGAAAGGCAGAGUAACGCAGAAGGGCCUGGAGUACGGUCAGCAGUUCGGCCUGGAGCUGGUGAAGUCCCUGCUGAAGAGGGAGCAUGUCCCGGAUCUGAAUGGUUCAUACAGCAUCCCUCUCAUCGGGGACGUGGGCUAUUCCGUGUCCAGGAUCCAGAUUCAAGAGCUGCAGCUGAAUGAGUCGGUCGUAAGCUUCUCCGAGGGGACAGGUGUGAGGCUCGUGGUCAGCAAUGCCCACAUGCAGCUCAGCGGUGUCUGGCGAGUGAAAGUUCUGUUCAUACCCGACAGCGGCUCCUUUGACCUGAGCGUGAGGGACCUGUCCCUCUCCGCCGAGCUCGGGGUGAGCAGGGAUGACAAUGGCCGUCCCCAGGUGUGGAGCACCAACUGCCGCUCCAGCAUCGGGAGGCUGGAUGUGAAGUUCCAUGAUGGAGCCAGCUGGCUUUACAAUCUGUUCACGGGGGCUCUCCAGGCACCCCUGCGGUAUGAAGUAAAUAGGCAGCUCUGCCCUGAGCUCGGGAAAGGGAUCAGUGAUCUGGAACGAGUCCUGAAGACCAUGCAAGUCUCAGCCCAGAUCGACCCCUUUGCUGCAAUUGACUACUCCUUGGUCAACAAGCCAGUGAUUGCCAGGGAUCAUGGAGACAUGGACCUGAAGGGCGAGUUCUAUGGCGUGGGCAAGCACACAGAGAGCCCCUUUUCCGCCGCCCCUUUCCUGCUGCCCGACGAGGGGGACCACAUGCUGCUCCUCGGCCUCUCCGAGUUCUCGGCCAACUCGGCUGCGUUCGUCUACUUCACGGCAGGGGCCUUGCGGAAAAACUUCAGGGACGAGAUGAUCCCGAAGCGCUCCCCCAUCCGGCUGAACACAGGGAGCAUGGGGCUGUUCUUCCCAGAGCUGAAGAAGCUCUACCCUGACAUGCCCAUGGAGCUGCACCUGUCUGCCCGCAAGCAGCCACUGCUGACCUGUCGCCCGGACAGCCUGGCCCUGGCCCUGUUUGGUGCAGCCGAGGCCUUCGUCGUCCUGCCAAACGCCACCCUGGCCUCGGCCUUCCUGCUGGACCUGGAUGCCAGCCUGGCGGGGCAGCUGCAUCUUGACUCAGCCAAGGUCGGGGGCUCCGUGGCUCUAACUGACUUCAGCAUGUCCGUGGUGCGGUCCCACAUAGGCUCGGUCCAGGUGAAGACUCUGGAGACCCUGCUGAAGCUUGCGCUGCGGAUGGUUGCAUUGCCGAUGGCGAACAAGAAGCUGAAGAAAGGAUUCCCCCUGCCCAGCGUCUAUAAUGUCAGCCUGGUGAAUCCCCGUGUCAAAAUCAACCAGGGGUUUGUGUUGGUAGCUACAGAUGUGCAGUACAAGGCUUGAGCUGCCGGGGCUGGGUAGCCCCCCUUGGAGAGAGCCGCUGCCCAACAGGAGAACGUGCAACCCCCCCCCAUGGCUCCCCUCGCCCCCUGCAUCCUGCUGCUGCCGACCCUGGAGCUGGCCUGGAGACCAGGGCCAGAGGGGGGGAUUUUGUGUCACUUUAAGUAAAACUGAAUUUUUUAUGCACUCAGUCUUGUCAUGUUAAAGCCUCCCCUCUGACCCUCCCCCUCCAGCAGUCCCCAAUUGGUCCAGAUCUUCCCCUCCCCACAGAGACCUUCCAGUCCCCCUAGCCCUGAACCCGCAUCUCUGAUCCGCCUGCUGUCUGGAGGGGAGGGGGAGA